GGUUGGACGCUAAUGGUUUGUCCAUCAUCUGUUCAUUUGGAUCCUCAUCGAUACAACGACCCCCUUGAAUUUAACCCAUGGCGAUGGGAGGGCCAAGAAUUACAUGCGGGAUCGAAAAGUUUCAUGGCAUUUGGUGGCGGUACGAGGCUUUGUGUUGGUGCUGACUUUGCAAAGUUGCAGAUGGCAAUUUUUCUGCAUUAUUUGGUCACAAAAUACACCUGGACAGUUAUCCACGGAGGAGAGACAAUCCGGAAACCUGGUCUUCUUUUCCCCAGUGGAUUGCAUAUCGAGAUUUCAGAGAACGAAUAGACUUUCAGCUGGGCAAUUCUCCAGUGAAUUUACCUUUCAGAAGUGUAUUUGUGAUGUAGUAAUUUAUUGUUUGUUGCAAAGUUAUUUAGUUUGCUUACGACUUUGGGUUGUACUACGUUAUAAGUGCCUAAUAAGCAACAUUUUAAGUUGUGUCUUUCUUGAAACUGGGGAGAGCGUUGUCCUUUUUCUUUUUUA